AUGAAUCCUCUCUCGCUCUCGUUUAUUCUUGUUACAUUUUUGUCGAUUGAGUUCUGUCGAACCGAAAAUUUUGUAAGUCCUCUUAGAAAACAAUGAAAAUUUCUAAAAUUGCAGCCAAAACUCAACAUCUACGAGACGGUACGAAAUGUGAAAGACUGCCUCGAUGAAAUCGACGUAUCUUUAGUAAAAAAAAAACCUUGAUUGAAAAAAAUUUGACUUUCCCUACACUUUCUCGUUUUAGUUAUUUUUGCCAUAGAUGUAAUCCGAUAGGCGGCACCGCUAUUCGGACGGAAAUGAUAAAGACCCUCGAAAUGAAAUCUGCUAUCAGAGGAGUUACACCAGAAACAACUUACAUUUUUCAAAAAGACGCCUUAGGUUGCGUCUUGAAAAGUAUGGUUUCAUGUUUCAAAUUUCGAUAAUAAAACUUUCUUCGGAAGUGUAAUUUCUUGAGCUAAAAAUAUUUUGAUAAGACUAUUUUCCAGAAAAUCUUUUACAGCACAAAGAAAAGAACCCGUGUGAAGAUGAAACUGGAGACCAGCGAGAAAAAUGCGCAGCUGAAUUCGCAAAGGUAAUUCCUUCUUAUCAAAUUUCAAAACUAUUUUCAGUUUCAGAACACGUUUCCUCGGAUAAAAAGUUGUAUCGAUCGUAAAGUUCAACUGCAACGACAGAAAAGCGAACUUUGA